UGGGAGCGGGUAUAAGGUGCAUUAGAUGCAUGUACCCCGAGCUCACCUAAACCUUAGGAUUCAGCCCCCUGUGGGGCUCAUGUCAUGUAAAGAAUGGUUUGCACCAAUAGUCUCAACAUUUCGCAUGAUUAUAUUCGGUUCUCUUUAGUUGACAAUCAGAUAUCACGCAAGCCAAAAUGUAGUUUUCUGCAUUUGUAUAAAUAUUUGUGUAUAAAAACCAGGAUACAUGUGCUUAUCAGAUAACUUAGAGCUCCUGAUUGUGUAGUAUUACGAUUUAAGAGAUCCGAGUGUUUAACCUCCUAAAGUUGAUCGCAAGCUAUACAUAUGAUGUGAUUUUCGUUUGACAACCAAGAUUUACAUUCAGUGAUUACAACGUGUACUUACCUUUUUGUUGUUGUCAUUUUGAUUGGAAUCUCUCUUCCAUAAUUCGUGUCGUAGUUUUCAGACAAAUGAGCUUUCGUUCUCCCUCCAAUAAACUCUCUGUUCGUGUAUGCUUGAAAUGUUGCGGGACUACGUUGCUACAAACAUAUCAUGACGAUUAUUCAUGAGCGGUAUCAAUUUUCCAUCACCAGCAGACAAAUUGCACAUCUGUUUCCAUAUUUCUUCAAUGGAACUUCACCAUCCACAGGUGCAACGUAAAGUAGGGGAAAAUAGUAAGAAAACGAGUCCUAGUCCUCCACGCCAAAGAAAAUCCUCUGUUCCAUCUCCAGCAAGUUUCAAGCAGCCGUUGAACAACCCUCAGCAAACCUCACCAGCAUGAUCUCUCAAUCCCUUCAUGAUCAAUUGGCGGAAGCCUCACUUGCAAAAACCCUUUCUCUUCAGCAUGGCGGGGAAAGAGGAGAAGAAGGUCGUGGAGAAGAAAGUCGACUUGAUCACCGCUGUAUACAAAGUUAACCUACAUUGCCCAGAAUGUGCGGGUGAGAUCAAGAGGCCUCUUCUCAGGACACAAGGUGUUCACCAAGUGGAAGUAAACGUUGAGAGCAACGAAGUGAAGGUGAAAGGGACAAUCGAUCCACUGGGAAUCCAUAAGAGAAUAGAGAGACUCAGCAAGAGAAAGGUGGAGUUGAUAUCGCCCAAGAUCAAGAUCAAGGAAGUCGAAAUCGAGAAGAAAGUCGUCAAGCAGCCCCCAAAAGAACUACCCGUGCGAACACACAAUUUGAAGGUCUACAUGCACUGCGACCAAUGUGAACGCGACCUGCGGACUAAGCUUAUAGCACAUCGAGGUAUCUACAGCGUCAAGACCGACAUAAAAGCUCAAACCCUCACAGUCCAAGGAACGAUCGAGCCAGAGAAGCUUCUGUCGUACAUACAGAGGAAGGUGCACAAACGGGCGGAGAUCAUACCCCCAAAACCCGAGAAGAAGGUGGAGAAGGAGGAGGAGAAGAAGGUGGAGAGGAAGGAGGAGGAGAAGAAGGUGACGGUAGAGAAAGAGAAGGUGAAGAUUGUAGAGACAAAGGACAAAGAGACCGUGGAGCUCAAAGAAGAGAAGAAGGUUGUGGAGGUGAAGACCAAGGAGGGAAAUCCAUACUUCAUUCACUACGUCCAUGCUCCACAACUCUUCAGUGACGAAAACCCAAAUGCUUGCUCUGUCAUGUAAUAUUUGGUAACACAAGUAAUGAGUCAAAACCAGCGAAACAAAACUAGUACGAUAGGAGGAGAAUCAUAGGUUUACCAGAUAUGAGGAAAGGCCAACAGAAAGAGUUCUAUGCAAGAACU